AUGAUGAAUUCGACAUGGCCCGUCCCGCCGCCACCUGGCUCGCAUAAUCAGCAUGUAUACGCACCAAGUGAGUUGACCGAUUCCAUCACCUCCAAACGCCUCAUCAUCCCCAAGAUGCCUUCUAAACGUCAGACAGGUCCCGCAUACCAUCCCGUGCAAGUACGACAGUCAUUUAACCCAGCCCCUCUCCCAUAUUCCGCGGUCCCUCCACAGCCGGCUCCAGCUCCUGCCCAAAAGAAAAAGAUCGACUGGCCACAACCCGUUCGCGACUAUGUGCAACGAUCCUUUGAUCCACAAAAUGUUCUCCCAGAUAUCCCAAGGACCGAGAUGGAAGCCAAACUCAAAGAGACCAUCUCCGCGACUACUGAUGCCAACGCUCUAUACUCCACUGACUGGGCCAAUCUGCCACUCCCACAACAUAUGAUCCGCCAGGAGCGAGCACUUGCUGCCCAAGCCUGGCGUCAAGAGUCUGUAAAUUUACAGCUAGAUGGCAGGAGCUAUGGCGAUAGUCCGAAGGGCACUGCGAAGAAGAGAAAAUCUCAAGAGAUCGCUGGUGGAAAUGAUGAGGAUUCAGUUUCAACCCCACCCUGGCGUACCACUAACAUUCGCAAUGGAUUCGAAGACCGUAUCACUUAUCCCGCCGACCGGUUCGACAAGCGACAACAACCCCAUCAGGACGACAAUCUCAAAGGUACAAGUAAGUUUCAAAAGAACCUCGAGAAGCGGCAACGUCGGUUUGAUGGAGGAUAUAAAUCUGCCUACAAAUCUCCAUCCCCAGAACCAGCAUCAGGACCGGUGGUUGGAACUUCGGAAGUCCUCGAGAAGCAAUACCUUCGUCUCACAGCACCCCCCAUUCCCUCCGCAGUCCGCCCCGAACGAAUUUUAAGGCAAACCCUAGAUCUAUUGAAGAAGAAAUGGAAAAAGGAAGGCAACUAUUCCUAUAUCUGCGACCAGUUUAAAUCCAUGCGUCAGGAUCUUACCGUUCAACGCAUCAAGAACGAUUUUACCGUGACUGUUUAUGAAAUUCAUGGUCGGAUCGCCCUCGAGAAGGGUGAUCUUGGUGAGUAUAAUCAAUGCCAAACCCAGCUCCGUGCGCUCUACGCACAAAAGCUGGGAGGCAAUCCAGUGGAGUUCAAGGCGUAUCGUAUCUUGUAUUUCAUUCAUACUUCUAACCGCACUGCGUUGAAUGACGUUUUGGCGGAUCUAACCCCAGCAGAAAAGAGAGAGAAGCCUAUCAAGCAUGCUCUUGAUGUACGUUCGGCAUUAGCGUUGGGCAACUAUCACAGGUUUUUCAGGCUCUAUCUCGACACCCCUAAUAUGGGCGCUUACCUUAUGGAUAUGUUUGUUGUCCGAGAACGCCUUGGUGCCCUGUCAAACCUAUGCAAAGCAUACAAACCAGACGUGAAGUUGCGAUUUAUAACCGAGGAGCUCGGGUUUGAAUCUGAUGGCGAUGCCGCGCAGUUUAUUUGCGACCACAAUGGCCAGACUUUCCUUGAAGAAAAGGAUGAUGGUCUUCAUUUCCUUACUGGCAAGGCCGGCCAGACUUUCGACGCGGCCAAGAACGCGGCGUUUCAGAAAAUCGAUAUAAAAGGCCAGAUCUAA